GAAGGCCGAGGGUCUGGUCUCACGGUUCUGCCCCCUGUUGGGGGUCCCAAGGCCAGAGGGCAACUGCGAGGGCCCGAGGCAGUAUCUCAGGCCUCGGCCGCCGCGCGGCCUAUCUCCGCUACAGCACACCUCGUGUGGCCCUUCGGUGACUGCAAGUGUUCCUGGGCCAAGGUCCGAUGGCCCCAGAAGGGUGCAGUGGGACUGGGUUGAGAAGCAGGCUCGCGGACAGCAUCGCGGGUAGAGGGUGAGGAAGCGAGGACAGCCUGCAAGACGAGACCCGCCGCGCGGCACCAAGUUCGCCCAUCGAGCCGAGGCCCCUCCUAGGCGAGACUCCACCCCGCUCGCCGAGGCCCCGCGCGGGUCCGAGUCCUCGCAACGAGCCGAAGCCCCGCCCAGCGAGCCGAGGUCUGCCUGCCAGCGGAGGCCCCGCAGCGAUUUGCCUUCGACCCCGGUGUCCCCCUUCGCCCCGCCCUUCCCCGUCGGCCUACCAAUCGGGACUGGGCGCCGCGCUCUUCGACGAGGUUCGGAGAGGCCCCGCCCCGGCGCCCCGCAGGCCAAUCGGAGGCGCGUCCGCAGCGGGGGCGGGGCGGCGGCGGAGCGCUGGGCGGCGGCGGCGGCGGCGGCGGCAGCGGCAGCGGGAGUGGUGGCGAGCGGGUGGCGCUGGCUCGGCGACGUAGGCCUGGCGGGCCCGUGUUUUCCUCUCUAACUGAUGAGGAAUGGGGGAGAUAGAAGGAAGGUACCGAGUCCUGCAGACUGCAGGGGUACGCUUGAGUACCCAGACCCCCGUGGGAGUGAGCACCCUGGAGCCAGGGCAGACACGGCCGCCUGGCAUGCAGGAGAAGCACCUGUACGUCAGAGUGAAGCUGCUGGACAGCACCGUGGACGUGUUUGGCAUUGAGCCCAAGUGUGCCGGCCAGGUCUUGCUGACGCAGGUGUGGAAGCGCCUGAACCUCAUCGAGUGUGACUACUUCGGGCUGGAGUUCCAGAACGCACAGUCCUGCUGGAUUUGGCUUGAACCCAUGAAACCCAUCAUUAGGCAAGUACGAAGGCCAAAGAAUGCAAUGCUCCGCCUGGCUGUGAAGUUCUUCCCACCUGAUCCUGGUCAGUUGCAGGAAGAAUAUACGAGGUACUUGUUUGCCUUGCAACUCAAGAGAGACCUCCUGGAGGAGCGCCUGCCCUGCUCUGCCACCACAGCUGCCCUGCUCGCCUCCCACCUCCUGCAGGCGGAAAUAGGAGAUUAUGAUGAGACCCUGGAUCGAGAACACCUUAAGGCCAACGAGUACUUGCCCAGCCAAGAGCGUUCUCUCGAGAAGAUCCUGGACUUCCACCAGAAGCACAUGGGCCAGACGCCUGCGGAGUCGGAUUUCCAGGUGCUAGAAAUUGCUCGCAAGUUGGAGAUGUACGGCCUCAGAUUCCACACCGCUUCCGACAGGGAGGGGACCAAGAUCGGCCUGGCGGUGUCCCACAUGGGUGUUCUUGUGUUCCAGGGAACCACCAAAAUCAACACCUUCAACUGGUCCAAGGUCCGGAAACUAAGCUUCAAGAGGAAAAGGUUUCUUAUCAAACUCCACCCGGAAGUCCACGGACCCUACCAGGACACGUUAGAAUUCUUGUUGGGCAGCAGAGAUGAGUGUAAGAACUUCUGGAAGAUCUGUGUGGAGUACCACACCUUCUUUAGACUUCUUGACCAUCCUAAACCAAAGGCAAAAGCUGUCUUCUUCAGCCGGGGCUCCUCCUUCAGAUACAGUGGGAGGACUCAGAAGCAGCUGGCUGAGCACGUCAGAGACGGUGGCAUGAAGAGAAUUCCCUAUGAAAGACGGCAUAGUAAGACCCGGGCCUCCAUCCGUGCUCUGACUGCAGAUCUGCCAAAACAGAGCAUCUCGUUCACCGAGGUCUUGGGGACUUCUGCCUCCUUCUAUCUGUCACCCUCCUCCUUGGCGGCCCCUCCUGGUCUGCCCAGUGUGAAGGACAGCAGCAGCUCCCUUGCAGAUGCCCAGGCUCCCGACAGCAAUCCUGCAGCCUCAGAGAGGAGCAGCAGAGCCACCGCGGGAGGCUCCAGCACGCAGCCGGCCCGCGCCCCGGGGCCCCCCGAGCUCCAGCCUGGUCCAGGCCUCUCCGUGGACAGUGCUCGGCCUUCUCCCUUCAGCCAGAGGGGCCCCCUGAGCCCGAAGCCCCUGCUGCAGGCAGCUGGCCCAGCGAGAGGGGCUCCUGCCCACGUCCUGAGCCCUGCCCUCAGCGAGGCCAGCGGAGCCCGGACACAGGACCAGGAAGAGCCACGGCAAGAGUGCUUUCCAGAGGACGCGGCCUACUUCAUAGCCAAGGAGAUCCUGGCCACGGAGCGAACCUACCUGAAGGAUUUGGAGGUCCUCACUGUGUGGUUCCGCAGCGCCGUGGUCAGGAGGGCGCCAUGGGCCCACCGCCCUGACGACCCUGCUCUUCUCCAGCCUCGUCCUGUCUACGCGUUCCACAGAGGCUUCCUGCAGGAGGUGGAGCAGAGGCUGGCGCUCUGGGAGGGCCCCUCCAGCACCCACACACCAUGUGACCACCAGCGCAUUGGGGACAUCCUGCUCAGGGCCAUGCGCCAGUUGAAGGAACUCACCAGCUACUUCCAAAGGCACGAUGUCCUGACUGAACUGGACAAGGCCACCAAGCGCUGCAGGAAGCUGGAUCUGCUCUACAAAGAGUUUGAGCUCCAGAAGGUCUGCUACCUGCCUCUCAACGCGUUCCUGCUGAAGCCCACCCAGCGCUGGUGCACUACCCGCUUGCUGCUGAGCCGCCUGUGCCAGCACCAGUCUCGGCACCGUGACCAUGCCGACUGCCACGACGCCCUCAAGGCCAUUACAGAGGUGACCACCACGCUCCAGCACAGCCUCAUCCGCCUGGAGAACCUGCAGAAGCUGAUGGAGCUGCAGCAGGACCUGCUGGGCGUGGAUAGCCUUGUUGCUCCGGAGGGUGAGUGGCACGGAGGACGAGAGUUCAUCCGCCAGGGCUGCCUGCACAAGCUCACCAGGAAGGGCCUGCAGCAGAGGAUGUUCUUCCUGUUCUCAGAUAUGUUGCUGUACACAAGCAAGAACGUCACGAGGAGCAGCCGCUUCCGGAUCCAGGGUCUCCUUCCACUCCGUGGCAUGCUGGUGGAGGAGAGCGAGGGUGAGAGUUGUGCUCCUCACUGCUUCACCAUUUAUGCAGCGCAGAAGACAGUUGUGGUGGCAGCCAGCACGCGGCAGGAGAGAGAGAAGUGGAUGCUGGACCUGAACGCUGCCAUCCAAGCCGCCAGGAGCAGCGGCGACCCACCCCCUGAGCUGCCAGGAGGCACCCUGUGCACACGCUCCCCAGUGAGUUUUGGCCAAGGACCCCCUCCCAGGGAGCUUUCUGGAAAUGGUUUCCCUUGGUCGCAUCAGCCUGCCGUUGUCCUGCACACACCCUUCCACCAAGCGGGCCCCAGGCCACUCCUGCAGACCCACCAGGGCUUUGCUCUGCUGGCUGCCCACCUGGCUCCAAGAGCCCAUCUCCCGGAGCCGCCCUGGGGAGGGAGGCAUCCCACAUGCCGGCUCCCCACAGGGUCCUCCGAGAUCUCACUGGAGCAGGAGUCUGAAGAGGAUGCUCAGGGGACCCCAGGCUCCCUGGAGGGGCAGGGCCAGCACCGGGCCAACAGCACAAUGCACGUGUGCUGGUGCCGCAACACGAGCGUGUCGAGAGCAGACCACAGCGCAGCUGUCGAGAACCAGCUCUGGUAUCUGCUGAGGAAGUUCAAGAACAGUGACGGCUGGCAGCGGCUCUGGGUGGUCUUCACCAACUUCUGUUUGUUCUUCUACAAGACUCAUCAGGAUGACCACCCCCUGGCCAGCCUCCCUCUGCUGGGCUACAGUGUGAGCAUCCCCACAGUGACCGAUGGCAUCCACAAAGCCUAUGUCUUCAAGCUCCAGUUCAAGUCCCAUGUCUACUUCUUCCGGGCCGAGAGCAAGUACACAUUUGAGAGGUGGAUGGAGGUGAUCCAGAGGGCCAGCACCUCGCCUGGGAGGUCCCCAAGAUUCCUACAGGACUGCCCAUGUCCCUCCCCAGGGCUGGAGGGGGCAGUCAGGGAAGAGGAGUAGUGAAGCCACCCAGUCUGGACUGGGACCUGCCAGAUGGGAGACGCCAUCCCAGUGACCUCCUAGCCCUUCCCCCUGAGAAUGCAGUGCAGCCAGUGGCCGGCUGGGACACGUAUGCCUCGCUCUCGGAGACCCUCCAGAGGGGGAGGACGGCUCGGAGCAUGCGCAGGGGCCCAGCUUCAAGACUCGGGCCCUAUGGGCUGGCCUGAGGGUCACAUUGCAAGACGAGCCCCCAGGUCCCUACCCCAAGGGCCUCUGGAGAGCAGAGCUAGCCCCUGGCCAGGGGGAGUUCACUGUGACUGCAGAUAAACAGCACCUCCUCACCUGACCGCACCCCUCUGCCUCGCUCUGUCCUCUGGCAGGCACCUUGGAGGGAGGAGGGAGGUCAGCACUGGGUGGGCCUGGGGAGACAGGCUGAGGGGCCCGGCCGGGCAGCCCAGAGGCACGGCUCUAGGCCAGGUCUUUAUUGAGCGCGGCACGGCCUUCCACACACACCCUCACAGCACUGAGGGAGCAAGAAACUGUCUUCUUACAAACAACACAUCUGAUGACACAGUACUCACAAGGAGAUGGCGCCUGCCCAAUGCCAGGCAGGUCUGGGUCACAUGACCCCACAGACGGUGUCCCAGGCUGGGUGCCCGGUCACCUCCUCCCAACCCGAGGGGGAAGGAGGCAGACGGCUGACGGCUACUCUGCUCCUUGGUGUGGCCACCCAGGGCUGUGUGGAGGGAAGCCUGAUAAAUGGCCAAGACGGCCCGCUGGCUGCCCAGUCUCCAGGGGCUUUCUGCUUGCUGGGCGUAGCUUCAGGCAGGCCAGCGGAGGGAGGGGGACCUGGUGUGGAGGAGGGAGGGGACAGCUUGUGAGGCCAGCAGGCUGGCGUGCGCUCAGUCACUGCACAGCUCCAGGGCCCUUCCCGUGCAGCACAGAACAAGCACCUGCUCUCCACCAAGGGCAGCGCGGUGCUCAGCGGGUCGAGGACAGGUGGUUCCUGCUGUGUGAGAACCUGCAGAGGAAGGCCCUCCGUCACGCUCACGCUCCUGCCGUGCCGCCUGGGCACGCUCAGCAGCCAGACCCCAGGACUCCCUGGUGCUUCAGGUCUUGGGAGCCACACUGGCUGGCUCAGACGCUGCCCCCAGGAGCGCAGGGGUGGGCCUCUCCAGAAGCCAGGGCAGGGAGCCUGGC